AUGUGGCCGGCAAGACGAGAGCGUGGGCUAUCGAGACAGCCUUCGCUUGUGGGAGCUCUACCAUCAACCUAUGUUUUUCUAAAUCGUGGUGCGUAUGGACUUCCUAUUGAGGAAACCGGUCGUUUUGAAGCUCUCAUUCGUGAUUGGAUACACCGGAUUGAGGAAUGGGCGAGGAUCGCACGGGCACAUAAGGGGCUAGCGCGGGGAGUUGUAAAAAAAAAGCUUGGGGAGACCCAUGUUCAACACAAGGGUGGAUCGGAAAAAUAUGGCCAAGCCUUCCCCACCAAGCCAACAAGGCUAUUGAACUUAUUAUAUUACAUGGUUUAG